UAUAGUGAAGUUAUACAUAGCUCUUUCAAUCCGUGUACAGUUUCAAAGCCUGAGAAAUGAUUAAUGGUUAUCGUCUUGCCUUAUUGUUACUCGUAUAUUUAUGUAUUUUGUCUUUAUGCAGUACAAAUGAAGAAGAUCUUAAUUUAAAUAUCAAUAAGAAGGUUUUGCAAGUCAGCGAAGCGCAAGCUCCAAGGUAUCUUCUUUAUGAUGUCAAUCCUGGAGAAGGGUUCAACUUACGGAGGGAUGUUUACAUGCGAAUUGCUAACCUGGUACGAAAUCUGAAUGACCAUGCACCUUGGAUCCUUGUUCUGCCACCAUGGGGCCGUCUGUAUCAUUGGAAGUCCAGACACCUGGAGCAGGUCCGCCUUCCAUGGAGUCUCUUCUUUGACUUGUCCAGUCUACGUAAAUUUGUUCCAGUCCUUGAAUUUGAGGAGUUUUUGAAAUUACAGCCAAAGCCUAUAAUUGAGGAUGUGUACUACCUCCAGAAUUAUGCAGAAGGAUGGACGGAAUGGGAAGAAAAAAUGGAUAUCAAGGAAUGCAUUCAAAAUCCAUACAUACUGGAUAAAGAAACAGGUCACUGGAAGGGUUGGUUCUUUGGCUACAGAGACGAGAUAUCAGGAGCAAGGCUUACCUGCAUUUCAGUUCAGGGGCAUGCAAAAAUUUUGAAGCCAUUUUUGCUAAAAAACUCAACCGCAAGAUCAGUAAUGAUAGACAGGGCUGAGAUAGUCCUUCAUGACCAGUUUGGGGACAGAUGGUACUGGGAGUGUAGACGCAGUAUGCGGUUCUCAAAAGAGCUGAGGGACUUAGCAGAUGAGUUUCGAAAAACCUACUUAGACUCUUUUGAUGAAGCUGAUAACACAGUACUAGAUGAUGACUGGACUAAAAUGAAGAGGAAACAUGGAGAAGCAAAAGGUGGACCAUAUUUAGCUGUACAUUUAAGAAGAGCAGACUUUGUACAAGUUCGAGGACAGGAUGUGCCCUCACUUAAGCAUGCAGCAAAGCAACUCAAAAGUCUUCUGAAAAAACACAAACUCACAAAGGUGUUUGUAGCAACUGAUGCACCUGAACAGGAGUACAUGGAACUGAAAGUGUACCUGGAGGAUUUUGAAGUCUUUCAUUACACACCACCAGCUGAAGUUCUUGAAAGAUUCAAAGAUGGUGGUGUGGCAAUUAUAGACCAAUGGAUUUGUGCUCAUGCAAGGUUUUUUAUAGGAACAAAAGAGUCUACAUUUUCAUUCAGAAUACAAGAUGAGAGAGAGAUCUUGGGAUUUGACCCAACCACGACAUUCAACCGUUUAUGUAAUGACAAAGAAAAGGAAUGUGAACAGCCAAGCCAGUGGAAAAUAGUUUAUUGAAAAAAUUGUGAUGGCAUAAAAAAGAAAACAUUAUAAAUGCAUGUUCUUUAGAUUGUAAUCAAUAAUUUUGAAUUCACAUUUAUGUGUAUAUAUAUAGAUGUACACACAUAUAUAUAUUUCCUGUGUUUUUCUUGUUGAUUAGUAGAAAUAAUUAUUGUUUGCAUUUUGAAAGAUUAAUUUGGAUUUUUUUUUUAAUAAAACCUUUUUAUAAUUAGAAAUUUUCUCCGUACAUACAGAGAACAAUAACUAGCAUCUGCUAACUCAAGAAAAUUAAUUAAUCGGGUAUAUGACUUUGAAGAGCUUUCGUGAUGCAAAGACUGUGGUAUAUUCCACUUACAGCAAACAAUUAAACUUUCACUUAUACUACAUUUAAGAAUAUUAGUAAGAUAAGUAUAAAUUAUAUGUAAAGAGCAAGUUGAGAUAUGUCAAAGACAUUAUACUGUGAGUCUGUGAUGGUAUUAGCAACCAGGCAUGUAAAAAUACCAGCAAAAAACUUCUUCCCUGAACCAGAAUAAAAUACGUACAGUUUCGC